AUCACUGUAAUAUGGGCGUUGUGAAAUCAACGAGGGUCAACAUGUUCAAUGUCACUGCAUUUUUACAACAUUCUGGGAGAUGUAAGCUGUCUUUAGAUUAAAAUAAGAUCAACAUCAGGACAAACGACGAUAUAUCUGAGAUAAAGUUGUGAGCAUCAUCCCUCUUGCCAUCUGUCCGCCAUGUCCACUCAGGCAAGUAAACUGUUUGUGGUAGCGGUGCGGUCUGCAUGUUGCCACCCCAGGGCUAGGCCCACCCUGAAGCAGUCUGCCUCUCCCUGUAGCCCCAGGGUCCUGCUCCAGAGACGGACCUUCAGCCUGGACUCGCUUUCCUCCGGCCCCGGCCGGCCACAGCCCCAACAGGCUAGGACAGACUGGGCAUCCCCCUCUUCAGCCCCAACCCACAGGAACCUGUCUGCUGUGGCUGUCUCUGUCCAGGAACAGAGUCGCCCGCUGGGCAGGUAUGACUUCCUGGACCUUGGGGAGGUAGAGGAAAACACUCAGAGGGCUCAGCUCUGUAGAACCAUCAAAAGGUUCAUCAUAGACCCUGCCCUGGCCAAACUGGUCACUCACCACCUAGGACCUGACCUGGAGGACAGCAAGGCUGUUAUAUUUGAAUGUAAUCCAGGCCCGGGGGUGUUGACUAGGACUCUGCUGAAUUCUGGAGCUCAGAGAGUGGUGACGCUGGAGGGAGAGAAGUCCUUCCUACCUGACCUGCAGGCUUUGGAGUGUCUUCUGGAUGGUCAGCUGGAGGUGGUCCACUGUGAUUUCUUCAAGCUGGACCCUAUGGGCAGAGGCAGCAUGAGACCUCCGGCCAUGUACACUGACAAACUGUUCACUGACCUGGGCAUAUCAGAAGCAAACUGGACCGAUGAGGUUCCAGUGAAGGUGGUUGGUAUAUUACCCCAGCGCAUCGAGAGGAGUCAGCUGUGGAAGCUGCUGUAUGUUCUGUUUGAUCGGCUCUCUAUCUACCGUUACGGACGAGUUGAGCUCAACAUGUUCAUCAGCGAGAAGGAAUACCUGAAACUAAUGGCUAAGCCAGGGGACAUGUUGAACUACAGAGCGUUUGGCGCUUUAUGGCAGAUGGCAUGCCACAUCGAACUGCUACACAAGGAGCCGUGGGCAUCGUUUGUGACUUCUUCUAAGUACAAACUGGCCAUUCCAAAGAGCAGACUUCCUAAUGACAACCUGUGUCUGGUGCGAAUGACACCUCGCAAGGACCUGUUCUCCGCCUCGCUGACCCCCUCCAAUGCAGCCACCCUGGUUAUGAUGGUCAAACAAUGUUUGGCCAAGAGGAAGGCCCGGCUAGUAGACCGGCUCAAUAUGUGGAGUCCAGACAGUGGUCCUAAGCUGCUGAAGGAGAUGGGGAUGCAGGAGGAUGUACUGACGGGCCAUGUCUACCCAGAGGAGUACAAGCAGCUGUUUGAACUGGUGGAUAAGUCCCAGGAGUUCACCCAGAGCUGGCUGUAUGAGGAGGUACUGGAGAACACCCAGAAGGAGGGAUGGAUAUAGACACACAGCGCCACCACUAGGAUUGGAGGGGUAGUGCAGCCAGGCUGUCCGAGACUACAAUUCUUGAUAACCCUAAACACCCAAGUUGUUGGACUUUUGAACCACUCCCAACGUCAUAGUUUAGGGUGGUCCUGAGCUAAUGAGUUUGGUAUUUGAUCUUUUUAAAAGGGGCUACAGUGUUUGUCCUGAGCUCUAUGCGAGUGCUGUCCAGUCGAGCCGAAGAGUUGACUGGUGAAAGACUGCUGCUCCUACCUUCACAGGACGUUUUCUCUGCGGUUGGUUACGGGUAGCAGCAGAAUGGUUACUUUAUUGGCAAAGCAAGGUUAUAAUGAGUCAAGGUGUAUUUAAACCAUUCAAUCGCAUUUUGUCACUGUUAUUCAUGGGUUUUUAAUACUAUAGGCUUUUUGCUAACACAGCACAUGAAACUAACUGGGUCAUACUAGUAUGUGUUUCCUGAAACCCUGAUGUUGAAUUGCAUUGAAUACUACAUCGGGCAGAAAUUAGCGUUUUUAAGCACGAAAGUUUCCUCGCAUGACAUCUAUAAGUCAGAAUGUUGAAUAAAAUAUUUUAAAGUACUUUACUGGUUGGUCCUUUUGGAGGUAGGAAUGUGAGACAAUAUAUCCACAUUAAAGUGAAAUUACAUCAACUUUUCAAAGCACUGGUAGAGCGUUCAGAUUUCUAUCACCUGAAGCAUGCGCAGAACCAUGUGAAGCCGUGCAUGAGCUUGGCAAGUAUGCAUGCUUCAGAUGAUCUAAAUCUGAACCCAAUAGCAGAACCAUGUGAAGCCGUGCAUGAGCUUGGCAAGUAUGCGUGCUUCAGAAGAUCUAAAUCUGAACCCAAUAGCAGCACUUUGAAAAGUUGAUGGAAUUAUACUUUCCUGUGGAUAUACUGUCUUACAUUCCUACCUGCAAAAGGACCAAACACAUGGACAACCAGAAAAGUACAUUCAAAUAACAUUUUAUUCAACAUUCUGGCUUGUAGAGGUCGUGAGAGGAAACAUUCCUGAUUCAAACGCUCGUUUCUGCCCGACAUGCAAUUCAACGUCAGGUUUCCAGGCAAUCAUAUGUGAUUGGUUUCUACCGCUUGAAUUGUUUUGUGUAAAGGUAACUUUUUAGUGUACAUGCAUACCAUGUCUACAUGUAUUGACAGUUCAUUCAGUUAUAUGUACAGUUUGGGGCUAUUAGGACUAAUUCUAAAUGGUAAGUACUAAAAUGUCUGACCAUGGUCAGUCAGUGCCAUUCUGUAUUUACUGAUUGACAUCAUAUGCCUUAGCAUUCCAGCUGGAUAAAUGAUUUUGUGAUUAGAGUACAUCAAAAAGCAUAUUGCAUCUUUCAUGCUAUAACCAUUGUAGGUAAUGUAAUUAUCAAAAUAAAUGUUUUGAUUAAUACUGGU